AUGUUUCAUCAAUUACUUUUCCAUCCUUGUUCAUUUUCCUUCUCCUCAAUUCCAUCUUCAAAAUCUUCCUAUUUUUCUUCACCUUUCACACUUCGAUGCAAGACCAAGGAUCAAUCGCUUUCACUUUCCGAUAUGCCGAAGAAGACUGGACCCUCCUAUCCAGGUGGGUUGGGUCCAUUCACUGGAAGAGACCCCGAUGUAAAGAAGCCAGAAUGGUUGAGACAGAAAGCUCCUCAGGGUGAAAGAUUUUCUCAAAUUAAGGAAUCCAUCUCUCAGUUGAAACUCAACACUGUUUGUGAAGAAGCACAGUGCCCUAAUAUAGGAGAGUGUUGGAAUGGAGGUGAUGAUGGUAUUGCAACAGCCACAAUCAUGGUUCUAGGAGAUACGUGCACUCGUGGAUGUAGAUUUUGUGCCGUGAAGACCAGCAGUAACCCAUCGCCUCCUGAUCCUAUGGAACCGGAAAAUACUGCCAAGGCCAUUGCCAGUUGGGGUGUGGAUUAUAUUGUCAUAACAAGUGUGGACCGAGAUGAUAUACCUGAUGGAGGAAGUGAGCAUUUUGCACAAACUGUGAAAGCUAUGAAGAAUAUCAAACCUGAGAUCAUGGUUGAGUGUUUAACCUCUGAUUUUCGGGGAGAUCUAAAGGCCGUAGAAACUCUGGUUCACUCAGGUUUAGAUGUCUUUGCUCACAACAUUGAGACAGUCAAGCGGCUCCAAAGACUUGUUAGAGAUCCCAGAGCUGGGUAUGAACAAAGCUUGGCAGUUCUAAACCAUGCAAAACAAAGCAAGGAGGGUAUGAUAACAAAAUCUUCGAUAAUGUUGGGCCUUGGAGAAUCUGAUGAUGAGGUGAAGAAAACAAUGAUGGAUUUAAGGGCCAUAAAUGUGGAUAUUCUGACUCUUGGUCAGUACUUGCAGCCAACUCCUUUGCACUUGACAGUUAAAGAGUAUGUUACGCCUGAGAAGUUUGACUUCUGGAAAGAAUAUGGGGAGUCUAUCGGUUUUCGUUAUGUAGCCAGUGGUCCACUGGUACGAUCUUCAUACCGAGCCGGGGAGCUGUUUGUACAAACAAUGGUAAGAGAAAAGACCAAGCAUGUAGAGGGCUCAUUAUUAUAA